AUGAAAGACGAUUUUCUUUCAUGUACUAUAAGCGAGGUCUUCAGAAGGGAUACAGCCGCUUAUAACGACUACUUGGAAUAUCUUGCCUCCCUUGAAAUUAAUCCGGACAUUUUCAAGUGGUUCGCACAACACUUUCUCCAACCACCACCACCACCACCUCCACGAAAUGUUCCACAUCCGCUGUUCUCGAAAUUACCACAACAAGUAAACCCAUUCUUAAUACCAGGAAAUAUCGAUCCAUUUAACUUUCGCAUUCCUGCAAAUCGUUGUAAGACAAAUAACAUCUGUGGAAACGUGAACAUUACAUUUGAUGUUCGCGUGGGUGAUAUUAGUCACUGCAAAGCUAACAAAGUCGAACCAAGACAAAACGUGAAAAAUUUACUUAUAUUGACCUCACACUAUUAUAACUGUCUGAAAAUUACUACAAAGGACAAUACUCCUAAUUCGAAACAUCCUGGCAAUGAAAUCUUAAAUUCAGUUGACGGGAUCGCAAAUACACGAGAUAAUGAAUGGGUAAUCUAUCUAAAUCGUACGAAGAAAUAUGUUGAUUUGAAUAAAUAUUUGCCAUCAAACGGAGAUUACUUCGUUAUUAACUACGCUGUUUCUAAUAAAAUAUAA